AUGGAUGAGGAAAAAAACGACGAAAACGCUUCGAGUGGCUCUCAGUCGCAUGAGAUCGAAGACGACCGCAGCUCAAGUCCGGAAGAUAUGUUAGUAUUCCCUUUUGCAAACUUGGAAAAACAUUCCGAAUCUUGCAGAAGUGCGAGCACGUACCCAUUCACGUACGGAGACAUGGGAUUUCACGGGCAUCUCCAUCCGUUGGACCAGUAUACUCUUCACAUGAUGGCGAGCGGAAUGCAACAGGCAGAGAACAGUGGAAGACCGUUUUUUGUAAGUCUGAAGAGUAUUUCUUGAAAUAAGAAGUUCACAGCUGUCUCUCACUAACGGUAUGAACAUGUCGACGCUGCUGUCGCCACUCGGUCUGCAGCAUCCUUUCAAUUUGUCGACUUCAUACGGCUCUGCGCAGGCUCCCGCUGCACCAACUCCGCAAGCCUCAAAGCCUCAGGCUAAGCCUAAAAAGCAGUCUUCGGCAAAAGCUGAAACUCCUAGGCGCGGUCGGAACUCCUUCAGCGCCGAUCAGGUUUAGUUACUGCUUUGAUAGCAAUUUAAAUUAAACAAGAGAAAGCCAGAAAGUUAGCAAAAAAACGACUUUCAAAAAAUGAAAAUUUUGGUUAGCAAGGAAGGACUCAUUCAGCUCGUGUUCUGAAUUUCAAAAACAAGUUUCUUAAGCUUUUCAGCAGAGAAAAUGAACAUAAGCAACUUUUUUCGCUCAGAUUGCGCAACUCGAAGAGCAUUACAAGGUGAGCCAAUACUUGACGGCCAAUCGCCGUAAGCAACUCGCCGAAGAUCUCGAGCUCCAGGAUUUACAAGUGAAGACGUGGUUCCAGAACCGUAGAACUAAGACCAGGUACGUCUCCAAGCACCUGUGAAACAGAGUUUACAUGACAAAUAAGAAAAAGAAAUUGAUCUUUCAAGUCGAUGUCUUUUUUUCGAACUUUUUUUAAACCAUUAAAUUACCUCAAAAAGAAAUAUAUCCAGCAGAGCCUGAUGAAUAAUUUGAGAUAGGCUAAAAAUACUCUUUUUUUGGUCAAGUGUCUUGAAAAAGUAAACCUGCACUGAAAAAAACGACUAGAUUUGGAAAAAAAUAUUUUUUUCAAAGUUGAGUUUAAGCGACCGUGUGCUGUGGACUGUUGAGACUUCUGGAAGCUCUACCAAAACUCCUUUUUUAUUUUAGCUCGUCAGGUCAAAAAAAUCAUUUUCAAAUCUGAAAACCGAAUAAUUUAUCAACCACUUCGUUUAUCCUACUUUUGAUCCAAAAACUUUUGAGAAUUUGAAGUUUUUGUCCGCUUUUUUGAGAUGAAAGCAUUUUCAUAAUUCUCCACAGUCAAAAACUUGGGAUCUUCGUUCAUUUUUAUGUUUUCUUCUCGUCAUCCUUUCUCGACAUUUUUCGAAAAAGCAAACGAGUUACAGUAUGCCAUCUCUCUUCCAAGCAGAUGUUCCAUCUGUCGCUUUUUUUCCAUCGCGAUGGUACUCUCAAAUCCGCAAAGAAAAUUUUCGGAAAAGGUUAUUGGAUUCCUUAUUCAGAGAACUCGAUGAAGUAGGCUGUGAAGCUCAUAAAUGUAUUUCGUCCACCAAAAACUUUUUUUCAUCCAAUCUUGAAGAUUUUUCUAUAGUUUUUUUAAAUUAGAACUCAACGAACCAGGCUACUUGUAAUAUGACAUAAAAAUUCUCCAUUUUUUCAGACGUGAAAUGCGUGCUGGCGGACUUCUCCCAUGCGGUUCGAGGAUCAAAGUCGAACUUUUUGGAGGAGGCGAAAGAGAUCAAGGAAGAGACUGUCCUGAACCUUUCUCAGGAUCUUACGUGCAAGGAAACAUUUCCAAACUGUUCCGAGGAAUAGAAAAAUUCGUUUACUGA